CAAUAUGAAAAGGCGAUGGCUUAUUUUUUGAAUAAAAAUAUCAGGCAUCCUUCAAACGAUCAAGGAACAGCUGAUACAAAUCACAGUAUUUUAAGUAAUUUAAUUGUUGAAAUGUUUGAGUAA